AUGAAGAAUAGGAAAGCAGAGUUUAAUAAUGGUCAUGCUAUGUUGAAUAAUCUUGAAAAUGCCUGCUUAUUAGAAGGUGGGUCUAAAGAUUUUAGAACCACUGAUAUUUUAGAAAAAAGGCGUUUUGUGAAGAUGCAUGAUCUAAUAAGAGACAUGGCCCUCCGGAUUGCAGAUGCUAAGUUCCUGGUAUCAGACUAUGUUCCAAAUGAAGAAGAAUGGGGGAAUGAUGUUGAAAAGGUUUCUUUGAUGUGCAAACGUGGUUCAAAAUUUCCUAAUGUGUCACCAAAAUGUCCUAAGCUGUCGACCUUGCUUCUACGAGGAUAUGUAAACAUCAUCCCAGAUUCAUUUUUUGUGCACUUGCAUGGACUCAGAGUUCUUCAUGUAGAUUGUCUUGAGUUUGAAUCUUUACCAAAUUCAGUCUCUGACUUGAAGCAUCUUACUUCAUUAAGGCUUAUUAAUAGUUUUCAUAUUAGGCGUGUGCCUUCAUUAGCAAAGCUUACAGCAUUAAGGAGUUUGGAUCUUUCGGGAGGAUCACUGGAAGAAAUACCUCAUGGUUUGGAAAUGUUGGUCAAUUUGAGAUACCUUAAUGUUGAUAGUUAUAACAUGAACCAUAAAAUGAUGCCACCAGGGAUUUUACCCAAACUCUGUCAACUCCAAGUCCUCAAAUUGCCUUUUUCUGGUUUAGAAGUUAAUGGAGAGAGGAGAUGCCUUGAGAUUCUACUUCUCUACGAAUUGAAUAAUUUAAAGGGACUGUUUAGAGAAGAGAAAGUCGCACCAGCACCGGUCGUCCCCCUCGGCACCUUUUCCCGCCUCAAACAAUUUUCAAUAUGUGAUUGUCCGAAUAUAAAGAAGCUCUUCACGCCUGGAUCGUCGAUGCAAAACCUGGAACAGAUUAAGGUCUAUGGCUGUGAACAAUUAGAGGGAAUAAUAGGUGGGGCUGAAGCAUCUGAUGAUGAAGUUGAAGAAGAAGAAGCAGAAAAAAUUGUGGAAAUAUUCCCCCAAUUGAGGAAAUUGACAUUACAGUAUUUACUGGAGCUGAAGACCAUAUGCAGUUGCAGUAAUGUAAUACUUUGUGAUUCUCUCGAUUUUAUUAUGAUAGAGGAUUGUCCGAAGCUUAAUAGAUUACCUCUUUCUCUGCACCUUAUUGAUGGAGAACUAUCUUCUCCUCCUCCUUCAUUACAAAUCUAUAUAGAGAAAGAAAGGUGGGAAUUGCUGGAAUGGGACAAUCAUGAUAUGAAGAUGGUCCUUGAACCUCUCUGUCAGUUCAUUUAA